CUCUCUCUCUCUCUCUCCUAUUUGGAAUACAAACAGGUGCUCAUUUGCUCUCUCUCUCUCUCACACACACACACACACAGAAUCAAACGCCACCAAACCUCAACUUGCUUCACCGCGAUCCGCUCAUCUCACCAUUGCUCACCGCCGUGCAACGUCGCACAUCGCCACUACCGCAAAUCACAGUCGCACAUCACCAAUGUCUCGCCUCCAGCUUACAUUCAGGGCAGCAGCAGAUGUUCCUCUGAAGGGUGGAUUUAGCUUCGACCUUUGUAGAAGGAAUGAAAUGCUCUCGAAGAAAAGUGUUCAGGCUCCGAAGUUUCUCAAGACUGGUACUACCAUUGUUGGUUUAAUUUUCCAGGAUGGAGUCAUCCUUUUAGUGAAUACAAGAGCCACUGAAGGGCCCAUUGUUGCUGAUAAGAAUUGUGAGAAAAUCCAUUUUACUGCUGUGGAGCAGGCACUGCUGCUGAUACAGAGGCAGUGACAGUUGCAGCUACACAGGUACCAUACUGAUUAAGAAUCAAGGGUUGUGAUGGCUCUUACCCUUUUGAAGUCCCAUCUUUUUAGGUAAGGUUACAUAAUUCAAGGUUUGUUUUUCUCAACAAUAUUGGUACUUUUUGUGUGAAAAGAUUACAAUGCAAGAAGGCCUGAUUCUUUUUUGCUUAACCAGCCACCAAGGUUAUGUCCAGUUGAUGUCACUGGACCACAUUUGCACACUGCUAUGAUGCACACUCAUAUGGCAUUUGAAUGGCACAACAAGGCAUAAUGCUUAAGAUUUGACAUAUGCUUAAGAUUUGAAAGGGAUUCAAACUACAUAUGCACACUAUACAGCUUGACAUAUGCUUAGGAUUUGAAAGAGAUUCAAACUUUAUGCUUUCUUGUUUGGAUUUUGUCCUGUUUACCUCUCCCUAAAACUCUUUAGACUUCAUAGAAUGUUUUGGUAUUUGUUUUUAUCCAUUGUACUCAUAUAGUUCUCAAUUAGCGAUCACCUUUUCACUCUUU